CGCAACUGUUAAAAUAUAGCAUACCUGUUUAAUUAACCAGCAGAAAUCUGACCUCUUAUUACUAUUUAACUUCGUUUUAGCCCUUAUCUUUUCAAAGAGGAGCUUCCGAAAGGUAAUUGUUGUCUGGCUGUGGGAUGUGAGUGUUGUGACUGUGGGUGACACAAGAGGACGAAGCAGUGCUGGGGGAGGCGCUCUGUUCUGCCCAGAGCAGGACGCAAGAGACGGUCGCUCUCCAAGGUGCUGAAAGUCGGGAGCGCUCCCCUCCUCAGUCUCGCAUUCCUUGCGAAUAAUGCCAACCGCAACUGCAAAUCCUCUAUGGACUGCCUUCAUUCUGAAGUGCUUUAAUUUUUUUAUAUAACCUUCCAUGAUUGUUAUAUUGGAUUCUGGUUUCACAGUACAGCCGUUGGAUGUAUAUAUGCUCCCGUCUGUGAAACAAGACCGAGAGCAGCUCUCUAACCUACAUCAUUUGGAUAUACUGGCUUGACUCUGGAUUCUCAAGGAACGUUUUACAGAGGGAAUUAAGCAGUUUUUUUUCUUGCAUCUUUGAAAAGCUCUAGCUGCGUGUGCCGCAUGCUGUAGGACGUGAACUGUGAUAUUGUCUGAGAAAGGUGAGUCGGAUCAGGAUAAUCCUGAAACAGACCUACUUUUUUCGUGGAUGUCGCCGUUUUUGCACUGGAAAGAGCGACGCAAAGAGGCUGAUAACUGAUUGCUUCUCAUGAUCCAGGAGGAAGGUGGGCAAUAAUAGUGUUUAGAGAAGCCUUUGAAUUUAAUGUGGGGAUAAUAUUGAAGUUUUUAAUAGCCAUGGCGGAUAUCUGAAAUCUUUCCCAGCCAUCCAUGCUUUUGACUCUCCUGGUUCGACACUAAUAGGAUAUCCAGCGUUUUUUCUCUCUCUUUUACAAGGAACAUCUCUCUGUAAGAUGACGGUGAUAACGAUGGUAGCGAUAAUAAAGGCCGAUUUGGAUCCGGAGAGAUUACCCGGAGCUUAGGGAUGACAUCCAUGCAGUCGUGUUGAAUGUGGAUGUUAACGCCACGGGGAAGGAUGGGCCCUCUCCUCUCGGCCGCAUCCGUCCUCCUCCUCCUCUUUUUCCUCCUGGCCAUGAGCGUCGCGUCUCCAGCCACGGUGGGCAACCCCGAGGAUUACGCCGCCGAUGAGGCAGAGCGGACCGCCGCGGAUAACAUUGUCUUCGAUGAUUAUCGGGGGAAGGGGUGCGUGGAUGACAGUGGUUUCGUGUACAAGCUCGGGGAGCGCUUCUAUCCGGGACACUCAAACUGCCCGUGCGUGUGCACGGAGGACGGGCCCGUUUGCGACCAGCCUGAAUGCCCGAAACUGCACCCCAAGUGCACGAAAGUGGAGCACAAUGGAUGCUGCCCAGAGUGCAAGGAGGUUAAAAACUUUUGCGAGUACCGGGGGAAAACGUACAAAAUACUGGAAGAAUUCAAGCCGUCACCCUGUGAAUGGUGCCGCUGCGAACCAAAUAACGAGGUACACUGUGUGGUGUCUGACUGUGCUGUCCCAGAGUGUGUCAACCCUGUUUAUGAGCCAGAGCAGUGCUGCCCCAUCUGUAAAAAUGGUCCAAAUUGCUUUGCCGGAACGACGAUCAUCCCAGCCGGAAUUGAAGUAAAGGUGGACGACUGCACCAUCUGCCGCUGCCACAACGGAGACUGGUGGAAGCCAGCACAGUGCUUGCGGCGGGAGUGCCUCAACGGCCAGUCGUUGUCAUAAAGAGAGGCUCCACUGCAGAUGGUGGAUAAACUCAGGCAAGGCUCUGCCUACUGGGCUAUUUUAAGUGAUUGACAGGGCAUGAGCACAAUUCCUACAAAAUAAAGAACAAAAGAAGUUAAAGGAAAAGCAGAGGUGACGUAGAAAUGAAGAGACGCUCUCACAAGCUUCAUACAAAUACAGUAUACUAGCCAGUGAGAAGAUGAUGGAACUUAUCUCACGGCUGUUUCCGCCCUGCAGUUUUACUCGGCCUAUAUAUUUGCAAAAGUUGACUCUGCUGCUUUCUCCCAGAAAGUUUCUAAGCUUCUUGAACUCUUUCCUAACCACUGGCAAUGGUGAACUGCUCAUGUCAAGUUUCUGUAUGUAUGUCUUCAGCUUGUUACUACGCGUUCUUCACGACCACGCUGGUGUUGUAAAGAUCAAACAGCAGGAAAAAAAAGAGAAAAAUUGAAAGCACACUUUACUGCGCUUUUUUUGUGUUUUCCUGGUCAUACUAGGAUUACCACUGCAGAUAAGCUUAAAUUCCCCACUACCCUCUAAGAGCUUGUUUACAAAAUGCACAUUGUUUGUCUUCAUAAGACUUUUUAAAUGGAUGUGGCUGUUGCUCACCUCUACCCAAUGAGUGUCAUGUUUUAUAAACUGCAAUGCAUCUGACAAGGCUGCUUUUUUUUUUUGGUAUGCCAUUGUUUUGUGUUGUGUCUCUGUUUAAAAGCAGCACAAACUGAAGCUUUCGGUAUUACUGUGUGUAGCUGAGAAGGAAGCAGGAUGUUAACCCAUGUAGCCCUUUGAAUGAGCAGGAAAUACAGGAAAAACAAAUCUUCUGUCUGACCAAAUGUCUUUAUUGUUUUUUGUUUUUUUUUUGUUUUAAGGUCCAGAUCCUUCACUAACUAACUGCUUGAACUUGUUAUCAAAGCACUUAGGAAGCCAAGAGCAGCCCGUUUUAAUUUUCCUUAAUCAGGAGUAUUCUGUAAUAAAUCAUCCAGCUGGGUACUUGGCGCAGCCUUCUUGCUGGGCACAUCUAGCAUGAACCGGCACACAAAGGAGAGGGGGGUCUGCACAUGGCUAAGUGGUUUUAGGCAGCAUUCACAAGUGUAAUGUCCAUGUGAUGAUUUGGUCUUGCCAUUCAUCCACUAUUCAUGCACAGUGUGUUGAACUGCAUUCACUGAAGCACAUAAACCUCAUACAUAAGUCUUUAACAUACAGAGCUCUGACAUGUAGCACUGAAUAUUUAACCGAUUUUCAUUUCAGUCUUUCUUGAAAACACCACACUGUCUCAGCCAGUAUGAAGCAAAUAUAUGAUCAUGACUAUAACAUACAGCUGUGCUAAUGUAUUACACUGGUCGUCAGGCGAUCCACUCUGAGAGAGGAAGCACCCUACCCGGCACCAUAAACAUGAAAUUUUUCACAUGAUAAAUAUUACUCAUUAAUCCGGAGGUGAAUUUCCGUAAGCAGACUCCAUUCAUCACUAAGAUUUUUUUUCCCCCUCCAUUUUAAGAAAAUCUGUUUCCGUUAACCUUUUAAACCCCAUUCCUCUACAGUGAUGGAUGAGUUGCUUAAUAGCAGCUUCUAGCCCUCUGUAAUGAGACAGAAAUGAACAGAGGAUUAAAGACCUGUGACUAAAGAGGUGUAUCACCUUAAAAGGCAUUAAAAGUAAUUUUAGAAGUAUCCCACACUCUAGAAAUCUGCUGCAUGACUUGAAUAAGGACACUGGAUAAAAUUGGGCAAAGAUUGUUCUUUAAAAGGUAGUUUGGAAUCUCUGUGGUCUUUUCUAUAGUGUAUAACUCUCUUAGCAUUUUAAGUUUAGAAGAGGCAAAGCAAGUUUAUUUAUAUAGUGCAUUCAGUGGCAAGACAAUUCAAAUUCAUGUACAUGAUUGGACAACACACAAAGGAAAAUUAAAUUGCGAUAUAACAUAAAAAAAGUAAUAAAAUGAAAGAAUGUUGGUUUAAAAACUUAAAUGUUUAGCUAGAAACAGGUUAAGGGCACUAACGAAAUAAGUAUUUAAUAUGGAUUUAAGGCAAAUUAGGUUUUAAAGCACUUUUACAAUUUUGUGGGAUUUUGUUCCAGAUUAGCGAAGUUUAAGAACUAUAAGCUGCUUUUCCAUGCUUGGCUCUGGUUCUGGGAAGACCUGAGGGUUUGGUUGGUUGAUACGUUGACGACAAAUCUCUAAUAUAUUUUGGUGGUAAGCCGUUGAGUGAUUUAUAGAGAGAAGUAUUACAGUUUAUUCUCUGAGAUAUGGGGAGCAGCUGUAAGGACAUUGGAACUUUGGAGAUUUGCUCCACUUUCUUAGUUUUAGUGAAGAGGCAGGCAUACAGCAUCCAGGGAUGUCUACAGCUGUCUGAUCAUUUUUUUCCACCAGUAAUCAAGCCUACUAAAGAUGGACACAUUAGUUUUUCAAAGGUUAUUAGUCCUGUGCACAAAGAAAUGCUGUAAAUUUAGUAUAAACCCAGAUUAUUUACUCCCAAAGGCUGAAGCUAACAAGAGACCCAAGACUGAAUCUUACUUCUACCUUCUUAAACGAUUAUGUUCUCAAAAAAGUCAUUGUGGUUUAUAAAAGUUGCGAAGAGAAAACCUCUUAGAACCCAAUAUUCAGCCAGACAAGGUGUGAUAUAAUCAGAAAUGCUUAAAGGAAGACAGGUGGCAGGCUUAAACACGCAGAUGAGGACAGAAUCAGCAUGUAAGAAAUUGAUGAAGGCAGACAGACUGAUAGCAGCCUUUGAGCAUGUAAACAGUAAAUGGAAAGUGUCUUCAACUAGUGUGAAUAAAUGAAAUGAGAUUUUAACAAUAAAGUUACAUUUUAUUUUUAACCUUAUGUGGAGAAAAUAAAAAUAACUUUAAAGAAAUUUAAAAACAAUGGAAUUAAGUUACAGUUAAACAACAAAAAUGACCUACUGGCACUGUACACAUAUUUUUGAAAAGGAAUCAAUUGCACAGAAGUAUUAUAUAAAGAUAAAAAAAGAGAUCUAAAAUCCCAACAAGUCACAUUAUCAUGCUAAAACUAUGCAGAUUGUAUAAGCUGCUAAGGUUGAGCAAAAAUAGAUUUAGGAUAACAAAAAUUCAUCACAAGACCCUGGAUGGUUAAUAUGAUGACUCCAUCCCCUCCCACAGCUCUGAUUCAUCUUACAGAACCAACC